CUUGCUGCUUUCUCUUUUUCCUCCCAGGCUUUCUCUCUAAGUUUUCUUGAACAGGGUUUUGAAUCUACUAACACUAAAAAUGGAAGAGUUAUCUCUUGAAGAUCCAUCUGUUUUGCUUGAAGCCGCUUCAGAAUUCGCAUUGUAUCCAGGUGUUCAAAAUGAUGAAUCAGUUAAGAAUUUACUUGAUAGAUUCCCACUGCCACUCAUAUUCAGUGCUUUACAAAACAAAUCUGAUGUUCCUGGCUUAGAAAGUACACUACUUAAUUGUUUAGAGCGGAUUUUCAGAACCAAAUAUGGGGCCUCUCUUAUUCCACAGUAUACGACUUUUAUACAAGUUGGUCUUUCUGCGGAAUCACAGUCAGUAAGAUGCUUAGCAUGUAAAGCGGUGUCUUGUCUUUUGGACAAUGAUGAUAAAGUUGCUGAUACUGCUGCACAACUUGUUAUCGAUCAUGGCCUUUAUGCAUCUUUACUUGACUUACUUACUCGUGGGGAUGAAUUAGUCGCAGCAGCAUCAACAAACGCUAUAAAGAGUUUGGCUAGUUUCCCUAAAGGCAUAGAUGUCAUCUUUCCAGCAAAUGUCGAUGAAUCUACACACCUCAGGAAUGUUGCAGCUAAUUGUUCAUCAUUGGGACGGGUUCGUGUCAUGGCUUUGAUUGUGAAGCUGUUUUCUGUUUCCAGUUCUGUUGCAUCAAGAGCACACAACUCAAAUCUUCUUAAUUUAUUAGAGGCAGAAGUUGACAGCAAAAAUGAUAUGCUGACAACUUUGAGUGUCUUGGAGCUCCUUUACGAGUUGUCAGAAAUCCCACAUGCUGCAGAGUUCCUCUCUAGAAGCACUCUUCUCCAGUUAUUGACCACCUUAAUCAGUGAUGCAUCCGUGGAGUCAAUUUUACGAUCAAGAGCAAUUAUGAUCAGUGCAAGGCUUCUUUCUUCAGAGGGUUUAUCAUGCCUCAAUGAAUCUAAUGUUAAGGCGGUUCUAGAAGCUUUAGAUUCAAGAUUGGAGUCUUUGAAAGGUCAAGAUGCAGACGAAUGUGAGACUGCGCUGGAGGCACUCGGUGAAAUUGGAUCCUCAAAUCAAGGAGCUGUACUGCUACUAUCAAGCUCAUCACCUGUGGCAAGGCAUGUUGUUGAAGCAGCCUUUGAUCGGCAAGGACGUGGUGCGCAGCUGGCUGCGCUACAUGCUCUUGGAAACAUCUCUGGAGAGAAUCGAUCAGAUCAUAGCAAAUUGCUGAAUGACACAGCCGAAGAAUGCCUUCGUCGGAUUAUAUAUGAUACAGCAGGCGAAAGUCCUAAGCUGACACCAUCUGGUCUCUUUCUGUCAGUUCUGCGUCAGGAUUCAGAAGUUCGUUUGGCGGCAUAUAGACUGUUAACUGGACUUGUGGCUCGGCAAUGGUGCUUGCAACAGAUUUGCUCGAAGCAAGAGAUAAUAGAUAUAGUGACUGAUCCUCACACUGAGUCCACAAAAAAUGGUAUGGAGGCUCGGUAUAACUGCUGCAAAUCGAUUUACAGUGCAUUAUCUGCUUUAGAUGCAACACAUCCUUCUCUCAUUAAAAUAGCCACAAAGUUGCAGGAAGCAGUGAGAAGGGGUCCUUAUCUAUCUAGGGAUAGGAUGGAAGCUCAGCCUACUGUAGCGACAUCUGAUAGAUUUUAACUUUGGAAAUGAGAGCUUGAAAGUUUUAAUGCCACCAGAUGAUCAAAAUACCUAACUAUCUUUUUUCUUCUUCUUUUGAAUAGCUGUAUGUGGCUCUCAGUCUUCUCGAAACUUGUUUCAAAAGUGAAAAGACAUUAUGUUAUUAUGUAUGUCUGUCAGAAACAUCUUUUCUUUUUUUCAAAUUAUGAUAUGGAUUUUCAAAUUAUGAUAUGGAUAAAAUUUUGUAGAA